AGUUGACCGUCAGCCGUUCACGCAAGUCACUGAUAUCUGUCGUCUGGAGUCUUCCUGAGCGCCCCCUCCCGCUGCUCCAGUCUGAGCCUCUUCGACCCCCCAUUAGACAAGUGUCCAGGCUGCCAAGAUGCCAGGGCCAAGACCUCGGAAGGGCCCUCAGGCCAGUGACCAGGGUGUGGCAGCUGCCAAGCAGUCCCCACAGACAGCGAAGGAGCCGCUGAGCUCCUGGAGGCUGGCUCUGGGGCUGGGCUCCACCCUCUGCCUCGUGUGUGUCUCUUCUCAGCUUGGGCUGUUUAUGGAGUUUAGCCCUGAGGACGUGCUGCUGGGAAUGGAGGAGACUGAAGAUGAUGGGGACCUGGAGGCUGAGCUGCUGGCCCUCACUGGGGAAGUGGGGACCACAGGCAAGAAGCCAGCACCCAAGGGGCAGGCCCCCCUGCCUAUGGCCCACAUCGAGAAGUUGGCGGCGGACUGUAUGCGGGAUGUGGAGGAGGAGGAGGAGGAGGAAGGGCUGGAGGAGGAUGCAGACUUGCUGACUGAGCUGCAGGAGGUCCUGGGUGCAGAUGAGGAGGCUGGGCCCUUGGAUGGUGAUGAGACAGCCAGCCCAGGUGGCUCUGAGGAGAAGGAACAGGAAAACAUUGAAUCUCCAGUGCAGACAGCUCUCCUAACAGCUCCAGUCCCAGCGGCUCAGGCUGGAGGGCCUCAGGGGCUGCAGGCUCUGCUGGAGGAUCGGAUCCACAACUACCAGGAGGCGGUGGCCAGUGCCAAGGAGACAGGUGAAGCAGCCAAAGCCAGACGCUGUGAGCGCGGCCUGAAGACUCUGGAGUCCCAGCUGGCUGCUGUGAGGAAAGGCAGGAAGAUCAGUGAGGAUGAGAUCCCACCUCCAGUGGCCUUGGGCAAGAGGCCCCUGGCCCCUCAGGAAACAACCAACAGGAGCCCUGAAGCAGAACCCCCAGCUCCCCACUCCGUGGAGCCAGACAACCCCUCCCAGCCUGAGACAAGCCUCUUGGGCAGCCCCAGUAUUUCUGGCCCCCCUGAUUCAGACGCAGACCCACGGGCCUUGCUGUUGGCCCGACAGAGAGAGUACAAAGUGGCUGCCCUGAACGCCAAGCGGGCUGGAGACCUAGAUCGUGCCCGAGAGCUCAUGAAGAUUGGGAAGAGAUUUGGGGCCGUCCUGGAGGCCCUGGAGAAGGGGCAGCCUGUGGACCUGAGUGCCAUGCCCCCAGCACCUGAGGACCUGAAGCCCCUCCCACAGGCUUCCAAGGCCUCCACAGCACCCUCAGAUGUACACCCAGCAGUGGAGCGAGUGCAGCCAGUGAUGGCCCCUGACAUCCCGGCCACCCCAGUGGCCCCUAGUGAGCCACAGACAGUGCUGGACGCCCUGCAGCAGAGGCUGAACAAGUACCGUGAGGCAGGCGCCCAGGCUCGGGGCAGCAGGGAUGAGCGCAAGGCCCGGAUGCACGAGCGCAUUGCCAAGCAAUAUCAAGAUGCCAUUCGAGCCCACCGAGCAGGACGGAAAGUUGACUUUGCUGAGUUGCCUGUUCCUCCAGGAUUCCCCCCUAUACCUGGCUGGGAGCCCACUAUGGGUACUGAGGAGGAUGUGGUGGCAGCUACUUUAGCAGCUGCCCAGAAACUGGCCUCCUCAGAGGAUACAGCCCCCGCAGAGGAAGAUGAGGACGAGGACAAGGAUGAGCCCCCAGCCAAGGCCCCAGUGGCCAGGAAGCCAGCACAGCCUCUGGUCCCUUCAUCCCGGCCCCUGCCUGAGCCCAAAGCCUCGAGUUCUAAGGAGUCACUGAGUCCAGCUGUGCGAGAGCAGGUGGCCCUGCUGCAGGCACGGAGACUGCAGUACCAGAGGGCAGCCCUGCAGGCCAAGCGUGGCCAGGACCUGGAGCAGGCCAAAGCCCAUCUGCGGGUGGCCAAAUCCCUUGAGGCUCAGAUCAUCCAGGUGCGAGCUGGCCGACCUGUGGACCUCGCCAAGGUGCCUUCACCCUUAACGGAUGAGGAGGGUGACUUCAUCCUGAUCCACCAUGAGGACCUGCGACUCUCUCAGAAGGCUGAGGAGGUGUAUGCCCAGCUACAAAGAAUGCUUCUGGAGCAACAUGAGAAGUGUGUGCUGUUCUCCAAGCAGUUUAUGCACCAGGGCAAUGUGGCCGAGACUACCCGGUUUGAGAAGCUUGCUCAAGACCGCAAGAAGCAGCUUGAGAUCCUGCACCUGGCCCAGGCCCAGGGCCUUGACCCUCCCAGCCACCACUUUGAGUUGAAGACGUUCCAAACUGUGAGGAUCUUCGCAGAACUCAACAGCACAGAAAUGCAUCUGAUUGUUGUCCGGGGAAUGAACCUCCCAGCCCCUCCAGGGGUGACCCCUGAUGACUUGGAUGCUUUUGUGCGGUUUGAGUUCCACUAUCCUAAUUCGGACCAGGCUCAAAAAAACAAAACAGCUGUGGUGAAAAACACAAACUCUCCAGAAUUUGAUCAGCUCUUCAAACUAAACAUCAACCGAAACCACCGGGGCUUCAGGAGGGUGAUUCAAAGCAAAGGAAUCAAGUUUGAAAUCUUCCACAAAGGAUCCUUCUUCAGAAGUGACAAGCUGGUCGGCACAGCCCACCUGAAACUGGAGCGUCUGGAGAAUGAGUGUGAGAUCAGAGAGAUCGUGGAGGUCCUGGACGGAAGGAAGCCCACUGGGGGCAAGCUGGAGGUGAAGGUGAGGCUGCGGGAGCCUCUGAGUGGCCAGGACGUGCAGAUGGUCACUGAGAACUGGCUGGUCCUGGAGCCCAGGGGCCUGUGAGAGUUUUCUAUGAGCGUCUUCUGAACCUUGGUGGACUUAUUUAUAACUAUCUUCAAAACCAGACUAAGUCACCUAUCAGCAAGGACCACGUGGACUUCAUUUUUGUAUUUCCAGAAGCCCACACAUAGUUAUUGCCUGAAGGAUGAAUGGGAGAAAGCUUAAUACAAUGAAGUAUGACAUAUUUAUUCAAUUAAUCAGUUUUUUAAAGAACCUACUUUGGGGACUUCCCUGGUGACGCAGUGGUUGGGAAUCCGCCUGCCAAUACAGGGAACACGGGUUCGAGCCCUGGUCUGGGAAGAUCCCACAUGCCACGGAGCAACUAAGCCUGAGCUCUGGAGCCUGCGAGCCACAACUGUUGAGCCCGAGCACCACAACUCCUGAAGCCCGCGCCUAGAGCCCGUGCUCCGCAACAAGAGAAGCCACUGCAAUGAAAAGCCCGCACAUGGCAGCGAAGAGUGGCCCCUGCUCUCCACAACUAAAGAAAGCCUGCACGCAGCAACAAAGACCCAACGCAGCCAAAAAUAAAUAAACAAUUUUUUUAAAAAAGAACUGCUUGGUGCUAGACAGUGUUUUAGGUGCUGGUGACAUAGAAGUAAAUAAACCAGCAAAACUGUCUGCCCUCAUGGAGCUUACAUCCCAGGGGCAAUAUAAUAAAAUAAAUAAAUAACAAUAUAUGUUAGAGAGUUAUAGGUGCUCUUAAAUAUAAUUCAGGGGAGGGAAGAAAUGUGUAUGAGAAGCUUAUAAUGUAGUAGGCUGGUCAGGGAAAGCCUUAUUGAGGAAGUGACAUUUUAGAAAAAACUUGAAGCAGAGAGGGAGUAACUCGUGGCUAUAUAGGAACGGGGUAUAAGUUGAGAAAACAGAAGGUACAAAGGUCUGAGGGCAGAAGCACAGCUGAUGUAUUCAAGCAAGAAGCCAGGUGUUGCUUCUGAGAAGUGGGCGGAGGGAUUGGGUAAGGCCUUGUAUGUUGUAAAAGACUUUGGCUUUUAUCCUGAAUGACACUGGAAGCCAGUGGUGGGUUUUGAGCAAAGAAGUGACAAUGCUCUGGCUGCUGUACUGGAAAUUGAUUAGGCUGGGGGGAAGGAGGAGGCCAAGACUAGAAACGAAACCAAUUAGGAGGCGACUGCAAUAAUGCAGACCAAAUGAUGGCAGCAGGGGUAGUGAGAAGUAGUACGAUUCUGGAAAUAUUUUAAAGUAAAGCUAACAGGAUUUACUGUUGGACUAGGUGUAGGGUGUGAGACAAAAGCGUCAAAGAUGACUCCAAGGUCUGGGCUUAAACCAUCAGAAUAGAGUUGCCAUGUACUAGAGAAGAGUAUAGGAUUUGAAGCCCAAGGAAGUGGUUUUCAGUCCUAGCCCUGCCACCUCCUAGCUUUAUGGAGUCAUUUAUCCUUUUGGUGUUUAUUUACUCAUCUGUAAUAUAGAAAUAACAAUACUAGUUGUUAAAUGAAACAAAAUUAGCAAAAGUGUUUUGUAAACCAAAAAAGGCUUAGGUUUUACUAUUAUCUCAAAAACUUUAAAGGGAUUGUUUUGUUUCAUCAACUCCUUCCUUCCUCCUCCCUUCAAAAAUAUGCACAGAAACUCCUUCAGAAAUUAAGCCAAGAAACCAGAAAUUUAAAAUUCCAUGUUAUAAUACAAAGCAGUCCUUUCUUCUUAGUCAGGGCUUUCAGUAAAGUUAUAAAACACCAGUAUAGACAAAACCCAGAGCCUAGCCCAUAAUGAAAUGCCACAAGGGGGGAAGGU